CACUGACUCACGCUCCGACUCCCAACUCCCAACCUUCAGGAUUUUUUUUGAUUUUGCUAGAGACGUUGGUCGACGCAGGUUAUAGACAAAGGAAAAUGAUUUCUCGGGCCGCGCGAAGAGCGGUGGGGACAAUACGUCCUGCUCGGUGCAUAGCGAAUAUUAGCUUGAGGCAGUGCAGAGGCUCGAUCUGUUUGGUCGAACGAGUGAGAGCUGUUGAUCGCAGCAGGAGUGAUCCGCGGAAACUGUACUCGACGUCGACGACAAAUACACCAGAUGUUGAGAGCGGAUCUGUCUCGGAAGACAGCGCACCGCUUGCAUCUGAGCUAUUGGAGGCAGAAGGGGCGAGUGAAGUUGAUGAUGAGAGUGCGCCUGUGUUUACAGAGGCAGAAGAGGGGGCACAAGAGGAGGACAAACAACGAGAUGAAAAUAAUACAACAGAGGAAAAGCAGGCCAGGCCUGAACGACCAGAAGCAAAGACGACGAAUGAAUAUUUCAAGGACCAUCCUCGAAAGCGAUUUGAGGACUUCAACCUAAGGGAAGCAGUGCUACGGAGUUUAAAGCUCAAAUAUCCAGAAGUCACUCAUCCGACAACGGUCCAGCAAGAGCUCUUAGAUGCUCUUCUGCAGAAUUGCUCGUUCGUCGGAGUUUCUCCCGCUGGCACCGGAAAGUCCUUCGCGGCUGUUCUCCAUCUUCUUUCGCAGCCUAGGUACAAGACACCAAUACCGAGCGUGUCCUCGUUGAUCCUUGUUCAUUCGAUCGAACUUGCGCAUCAGUAUAUGGAUAUCAUUGUCAGUUCACUGCGGCAAGGCAACGCACCCGUUCCUAUCCCCCAAGUUGUGCAAGUGCUUUGCCGAGCCGGAGACCAUGCCGCACAGCAGCAAGUUGAUUUGCUGCGCCAAUAUCCUGUGCCCCAUAUACUCAUCGCUACCCCUGGGCGGAUGCUUGAAAUCCUCUCGAACGACCAGCAGCGCGAACUCCUGCACCUCGCGUUUGUGCGAACCGUUGUUAUCGACGAGGUCGACAAGCAGACGAAAUUGGACAUCAAGAGAAAGACGUCGGGGAAAACGCUCCGGAAAAUGGAGCCCUUACGGAUGAUCAAUCAGCUUAUGACAUACCUGACGAAGCUUCGGCAAAAGGCUUUGCGAGUUUAUUCACUCGACCUCCCGUUGAUCAACGUUGCUUUGUCUUCAUCGAGGGCUAUUGGUCAAGAUGUAGUCAAAAAGCUUGCAAAGACAGAAUGGAUGGACGGCGCGCCGUUGAAAGUGUAUUCAGUCCCGAACUCUCAGCCUUCGAAACGCGACUCGGGCCAGGAUACAGAGAAAAAUCUUCCUAUCAAGAUCACUUACAAGAAAGUUGUCGAGAAAGGUCACAUAAAUUCGAUUCUCUCUGCUGGAGCUCGCUGGAAACCAGCCAAAAAAUACCACGACGUGGUUACGGAUACGAUUACAGAGCGCCAUCUCAAAGCCCUGAUUUCCGAGUUCGACGCAGGACAGAUCAAGAAGACACUACUUAUCGUCCCUGACACUGUUUCGAAGAGAAAGUUGAUCGCUGCUCUGAUGGAGAAGGGAAAAACCGUCAUCGCAAUCGAUUCUCUAACGAUGAAAGAAUCUCGCCCGUUCGCGGAUGGAGGGUUUGAAGACCUUGAUUUGGCGGCGACACAGUCCAUCUUUCUCGAAAAGAAUAAUGAGUCUCCGGAGUUUCCUGAUUUCUUGAUCUCGGGCGCUAAGCAGAUCAGUGGCAUCAAUUUCCCAGGCUUGAGACAGAUUUACGUUCUCGGCGCGAUGGCUGCGAUUCAGGCUAGUAGUCUGGAUGACCUCAAGUUUUUGUGUCGGCCAUUGUCGGCUCAUGAGAUUGAAGAGGCUAUAAGGAAUCCUCGCGAGGAGGGUGCUCCACAUGAGGAGGCUAAAGUGACGUGUAUUCUUUAGCAGGUUCCAGACAAUAUGGCCGGUUUGUACAUAUAUGAUCAAUACAAUACAGCUAGAAGCACCGAAUGUAUAUAAUCUGUUAUAAUCCUUAAUA